CCAACAAAACGCUUAAAGAUACUUUUAACCAAAGUAAGAGAGAAUCCUCUCUGUCUCACCUUCUUUCUAACAGACUUCAUCAGUCAUAAACAGUUAGCCAGUGGGAACAGUGUAUGUCAGCCUUUGGGUUUUAUUACAAGGAACAAAGGUCAGUUGCUGUGCUGGCUGCAUCAGGAGGGAGAGGUGAAUAAAAGUUCAUCUUAGUGCCCGUAGAAGCACAGGGUAGCAUUAUGCAGAGGUGGCAGGAACCUCUCCUACUGCUGUGUUUGACUGCAGUGGUAGCCGUGAAUAUCGCUGAGGCUGUGGAUGCAUCGGAGGUAAAGAACUUGACCAACAAGUAUCUGCAAGUCAUUCCUCCUAGUGGCAGCAGCUCUGUUACUAAACUGGUGAUUGAAGGGACCAUGAUCACUCUGAAUGAGAUGGACAAACUAGCCCUGGCUAGUUAUCCCACACUGGCAGAACUCCACUUGGAUGGUAACCGGGUGACUGCAGUACCAGCCAAGUACUUCUCUGUGGUACCACACCUCAGAGUGCUAUCUCUGUCCAGGAACAGUAUCAGCUGCCUAGAUCCUCAGGCUUUCUUUGGUCUAGAUGCUCUAACAGUGCUGGACCUGUCCAACAACCUGCUGACAAGUCUGCCUACACAGCUAUUCAGACAGCUAAAGAAUCUACAGGUGCUGAACCUACAGGAAAACCCCUGGAAUUGUUCCUGUCCACUGCUGGGCGGCAUUGGAGAGGUCACAGCAGCAAAUUUGAACAUUGAGGGACAACGAGUCACCUGUGCUUCUCCAGAAAAGCAGGCUGGACAAGAUCUUUUAAAUGCUACAGCUGCGUGUUACCCAUCGACAUCACCCACCUUCACUACAGACCCACAAAAACCACCAACACCAGACAACUCUCAGCAGUCUUGGGGUUCACCCAAUAUGCUGAUGACCACACUGUCUUCAAGCCAGAACCACAGCAUAAACAGAGACCAGACCCCUGUGCUCGGAAACACAUGGAAAUUCACAGCAUGUGUUGUAGCCUUGGCACUAACUACCUCCAUGCUCAUUGUAUGUGCCAUCAAGGGGCCUUCCUGGUAUAAGCUCUUCCACAACUACCGUCAUCGGCAGCUAGACCAAGUGGAUGAUGAGGAGGAGGACGUUGUGUCAACGGUCUUUUCAGAAACGGGGAGAUACCUCAACCAUCAGACAUUCACCUUCGCGCAAGAUAAUUGGCAGACAGAAGAAGAGGAGGAAGAUGGGUAUUUUGAAGAUCCAUACAUCAAGAGGGAAGAUUGACAUGCAGGGGAGGGGAAUUUAGCAGAACCAUGAGGAAACACACAGCAGAUUUAGUCACAAGAAAAGGAGGCAAUUACUGUCUCGCAAAGAUAAAAUCUGUCACUUAUGUGACACCUGAAAACUAGGUGUAAAGGGGGGGCUGUUAAAUGUAUAAAUAUAGGUUGGAUGUACAGAUGUACAGGUGGAUUUUUGGGCUGAUGCAAUACCAAUUUUAGGGGGUAAAAAAAAUUCCAACAUCAACAUA